GCCCCGACGGCGCGGCCGGGCGGCCCGGCUCUCCCCAGGCUCCGCGCCGGCCGGAAGACGCUGCUGGCGGCCGCCGCGGGCGUGGUGAUGCUGCUGGUGCUGGUGGUGCUCAUCCCGGUGCUGGUGAGCUCGGGCAGCCCGGACGGCCACUAUGAGAUGCUGGGCACCUGCCGCAUGGUGUGCGACCCCUACCCCGCGCGAGGCCCCGGCGCGGGCGCGCGGCCCGACGGCAGCGACGCCCUGAGUGAGCAGAGCGGCGCUCCCCCGCCCUCCACGCUGGUGCAGGGCCCCCAGGGGAAGCCGGGCCGCACGGGCAAGCCGGGUCCCCCCGGGCCUCCCGGGGACCCUGGUCCUCCGGGUCCGGUGGGGCCGCCCGGGGAGAAAGGUGAGCCAGGCAAGCCGGGCCCUCCAGGGUUGCCGGGCGCAGGGGGCAGCGGCGCCAUCAGCACGGCCACCUACACCACAGUGCCACGAGUGGCCUUCUACGCCGGCCUCAAGAAUCCUCACGAGGGUUACGAGGUGCUGAAGUUUGACGACGUGGUCACCAACCUAGGCAACAACUACGAUGCGGCCAGCGGCAAGUUUACGUGCAACAUUCCCGGCACCUACUUUUUCACCUACCAUGUCCUCAUGCGCGGCGGCGACGGCACCAGUAUGUGGGCAGACCUCUGCAAGAACGGUCAGGUGAGGGCCAGCGCCAUUGCCCAGGAUGCAGACCAGAACUAUGACUACGCCAGUAACAGCGUGAUCCUGCACCUGGACGCGGGUGACGAGGUCUUCAUCAAGCUGGAUGGAGGCAAAGCGCAUGGAGGCAACAGCAACAAAUACAGCACUUUCUCCGGCUUCAUCAUCUACUCUGAUUGAGCUCCCAGCAUCCCUCUCCAUCUUCUGUUCAACCCUUGGGCUUUCCUCCCAGGAGCGGCAGACAAAACCCAUUCCCUACCGACCCCUUAGCUGCCUGGCCCAGGCUGCCAACCCUCCCCGGCUGUGAUUCCCCCAGCCCACUCUCACCACACCCAGGCCAUAGCUAGGCCUUCCCACAGCAGAGCACUCAGUUCUGUCCACAGGAGGCAGAUUGACUGGAGGGCCUCAGCCUGCAAUGUAUAUUUGCACAGUAGGACUGUUUACUGCCCACCCUGGCCUUCCAGCCAGUCUCAGCCUGGGAGGAAAUUGGCAGAGUUGUUUCCUGUGCUGGAAUGAGCUUCCCUCCAGCUCUGGGUUGGCUCUGCCUGGGGGAGGGGCAGGUUUGGGGCUGGAUGGUUUCCCAGCACCCCUAAAGCCCUAGCCUGUCUGCACCCAGUCUGACCAAAGCUAUAAUAAAAACAUUUCCACCCCA